AUGGCCAGCACAACUACGGAACCUGUUGGUCAGCCAGCAAAAGAUCUCGAAAUGACUGACGUUAAGCAAGACCAAGCUACCGUUCCUUCCACGGUCCUCAAUGGCGACGAGGCGGUGCCGAGUGGUGGGGUAGAACAGGCAGAAGGACCGCAACCAGCUGCUACGUCCUGCGAUUCAACAGAACCCAACGACCAGCAAGGACAAGGGAGCAACAACAACGGCGACGAGCCCAAAGUUUCUAAAAAUCAAUUGCGCAAGAUGAAGCGCAAAGCAGCAUGGGAAGAAGGCCGUGAGGACCGCAAGCGCAAGCGCAAAGACAAGCGCGCCGACCGCCAGGCCGCUCGGCGCGAACAAAUCGCUGCCAUUGUCGCCGACGCCGAAGCCAAGGGUCUCGAUCCCUCACAAAUCGUCAUCCCGCCUAAGCGCAAGACGCCGAAGGUGCCUGCCACACAGGUCCCUGUCAGUCUGAUUCUCGAUUGCGACUUUGAGAAGUACAUGAUGGAAAAAGAGCUCAUCUCGCUGGCGAGCCAAAUCACGCGGUGCUACUCAGAUAACCGAAAUGCCCGGUACCGUGCGCAUUUGUACAUAAGCUCGUAUGGUGGAAAGCUGAAGCAGCGCUUUGAGACGACACUAGCCGGUCAGCAUACGGGCUGGAAGGGAGUGAAGCUUGUCGAGGGCAACUUCAUUGAGGCGGCCAAAGAUGCGGGUGAGGUAAUGAGCGGAGAUCGUGGCGGUGAGGUGAUUGAACUCCUGAAAUCGGAGGACGCAGAAGGUGCUCCAAAGAAGCCUGCUGUGUCCUUGGACGUGUACGACAAUGCGCCCACUCCCGCAGCCGAACCCGAACCCAUCGAUGAGCUGAAAAACAUCGUCUACCUCUCCGCUGAUUCGGUCAAUACUCUCGAUCGUCUCGAGCCUGGUGUGAGCUACGUCAUUGGUGGACUCGUCGAUCGGAACCGCGAAAAGUACCUGUGUCACCGCCGCGCGCGUGCGUUGGGGGUUCGUACUGCGAAGCUGCCUAUCGGAGAGUAUAUGAACAUCUCUAGCAAGCGGGUGCUGGCAACGAACCAUGUUGUGGAGAUCAUGCUGAAGUGGCUUGAAUCCGGAGACUGGGCCGAGGCAUUCACAGCUGUGAUUCCCAAGAGGAAGGAGGCGAAGCUUAAGGGGGAGGUAGGCAGCGCCAGUGGUACACCAGCUGCUGAGACAGGCGAGGGUGAGGAGGAGGACGACGUCGAGGAUAGCAGGUUCGAGGAAGAGCAUGACGAAGACAUAGACGAAAAGCAGACGAUCACUGAGAAUGUCAAGGUGUCUCAGCCAGAAGCCGAACCUCGGGACGAAAAGACAAAGGAGGCAGAGAGCGUAUCAUAG